AUGUACUACUACAAGGUCUCGACGGCCUUGGUCUUCAUGGCAGUGUUCAUCUUCUGGGAGAUCAUCUUCUCAGUUGUCACCUGGCAGGUUUUGGCCGGGUGGUUCGGUAGCGAUGCGGAGGCUUUGGCAAUUGCCCAUCAGAUCCGUCCCAACCCCGAUGCACGAGGACAGCUUCGAUCGCCUACCCUCGCUGGAGCGCUUGACGCUGGCGCGGAAUAUGAUGCGGUGUCUGGCAACCCUCGUCAACCCCAGUUGCAGGGCGAGCACAACGAGUCUGACAGUGAGUUUGAAGAGGAGUACGUUCCUUCGCGCGGCCAGAAGCAGACUCUUAUUUUUGACCACGACGAGAUGGAGGAUGACGAUGAUGAGCAGGAGCAGGAUCAGCACUUGAGACAUGCACCCCACGGACCUGCUUUUUCUCUCCAGGAUGAUGCCGUUGUCCCAGAGAGACCUGCCACUCCAAGCCAGCGCCAGCAGCGCUCGACAUCUAACCAGCAGCAACAACAACAACAACAACAACAACAGAGAGGUUCUUCCUCGACAACCACAACAACAGCCACGAUUACGACACCACAGCAACGCAACAGCACUUUUACGACCAAUGAUGACGAUACCUCGACAACAGGUAGCACCACUAGCUCACGACGCACUGGACGGAGCGGCAUGGACAUUUCCAUGACCGCUCCCUCCAGCCUGCAGCCCCCACCUCCGCCCCCACCUUCCCUUCUUUCCGAGCGCUCAUCUGAAUUUCAAAUGUCUCGUGGCGGCAACCGCCGCCGCACGGCUGUCGAGUCCGAGUAUACUGAGGAAGAUGAUGAGUACCUGGAGGGUGUUGAGGAUGAUGAUGAGGAAGAUGAUGAUGGCAAUGUGACUUUCGGAGAGGACGACUUUUCAGAAGCUGCACUCUUGAGCCGCUCACCUCCAGGAUCGGGAGCUCUUCGCUCAAGACACAACCAAACCUCUGGAGGAGGGGGAGGAGACAGGGAGACUGCAGGAGCUGGUGUUGGUGCCAGCUCUGGACGGAGCUCUGGACGUGCUAGACCAUGA